AUGCCUCCAACUGCCAUCAACUCGACGGCCGAAGAUGCUCCAGAAAUUUCAAAACUGAAACUGUCUCCAGAGGCAAAUAAAACAACCAAUCAGAAUGACUAUUCGCGGUUCCUUGCUCGGAGAACUACCCUUAGAACUAUUGAUGGGAUCCGUGGUCUCCUCCCACUAGAGAAAACGCCUGGCAUCAUCUCAUUACUCGCGGGAAAACCCAACCAAUCCACGUUCCCUAUUGACGAAAUAUCUAUUACACUCCGUGCUCCAGACGCGCCUCAGCCUUACUCGCCAUCUGGAGGUGAACCCGUACGCGAAACCUUGAAAAUAGACGGAAAUUUACUCGCCACUGCUCUUCAAUAUAACUUUACCGACGGUGUGCCAGAUCUUCGGGCGUUGCUGGCUGAUUUUCAGCUCAAAGAACACGGCAUCACCGUUGAUGACGUGAACUUGCAGCUAACGGUUGGAAGUGGAAGUCAGGACCUCAUGUACAAAAUCUUUACAUGCCUACUAGAUCCAGGUGACGCAAUCUUGGUCGAGGCACCUGUCUAUGCGGGCGUAUUGCCCAUUCUUCAAACCCUGGAGCCUGACAUGAUUGAGGUGGAGACCGACCCUAACGGCAUUUCAAUUGAUCACUUGCGCGGGAUCUUGUCUGAUUGGCCAAAGGACAAACCAAAGCCCAAGGCACUAUAUACUGUUCCUUAUGGCUGCAAUCCAACUGGAGCUACAACGCCAUUGAAUAGGAGACAGGAGGUUUUAAAGCUUGCUGAAGAACAUGAUUUCUUGAUUCUCGAAGAUGAUCCUUAUUAUUAUCUGUACUUUGGAUCCGAAGAAAGGGCGCCUUCCUAUCUUGCGCUCGAAGAUAAGUCGUUAAGCGGCAAACAGCGUCGCGUGCUACGCCUUGACAGUUUCUCCAAAGUUUUGUCGUCAGGUAUGCGCAUUGGGUUCGCAACUGGUCCUCCGGGGCUCAUCAAGGCUAUGAACUCGCAUACAUCAGCAGCAAACCUUCAAGCCAACAGCACCACUCAAGUUAUUGCGCUCGCUAUGCUCAAACAUUGGGGCUACGAUGGCUUCCGCGCACAUAUUAAUAAUAUCUCUGGAUUCUAUCGAGCUAAACGGGAUGCAUUCGAAGCUGCAAUGUAUAAGCACUUCAAGCCCGAAGGUGAAAAACCGUUGGCAGAAUGGACGCGACCAGAGGCCGGGCUUUUCUUCUGGUUCAGACUUAACGUUCCUGACGAAGACUCUUAUCAGCUUAUCAGCACUAAGGCUUUAGCCGGAGGUGUAAUUGCCGUUCCUGGGCAGAUAUUUUUCCCCAGUGGGAGAAAGACAGCAUACGUACGAACAGCAUUUAGUGUCAUGGACAUCGAACUUGUAGAUGAGGCACUGAGACGCUUGGCAAAGGUUGUUAGGGAAGUAAUUGAUGGCGCUUGA